AGUUCCUGUUGCAUGUUAAUCGACUUCAGUCAAAGUAGUUGAUAUCGUUAGUUGACGGAAUUUACUUAAAGAUUAAGGAAGGCUAUUCGGCUUACAGAUGUGGGAACACGGGAAUGCACGACAAUAUUCGCUUUCUAAUUUGAUUCCUAGGCGUACCAGAAUGGCGUAUUCGACACUACGAAAUAUAAGCCUCUCUUGGCGAAGAGAUAGGCGUGAACGGCAAGACAAUUUUUCAGUUAUCUACCUCGGAAGCGUGCAGAUAUUGUGCCCUAUUGGCGAAGGAAUUUGCGGUUCUGUGGAGGAGAUAUUUGAGAACUGUAAGGCGAAACUGAAGCAGAAAUUGCUUCCAAAACAAACUUUACAGAUCAAGGACAAUUGCUUUGAACUUUGCUUUAACGAAGGCGAGGAUCAAGGUACGAAGAUUGUUUAUGAUUUCAGCCGAAUUAUUUAUUGCGGAGUUGACAGCAAACGGCGAAAGAUUCUGGUGUUCAAUUAUCAUCAUCUCGAGGGAGAAGAAAGCGAGGUUUUCUUAACGCAAGCCUUCUUGUGCGAGACAAAAAGUGAGGCGAAACGACUGGCGUGUACUGUGGCCGAAUAUUUCCAAAGCUUAAAAUGCGUUGACGCCCACGAAUACGACGGUGAUGAGAAAGAAAACCGUGCAGGAUUAGAACUGAACGAGAUAUCAGAAGGUCAAACGCGCGGCCAGGAUGAUGGAGGAAUUGCUAUAAAAUCCAAUUCUGAGAGUGAUAUCGAGUUGGAAUGAAUGUGAGCUGAUAUAACAAGGCACUUUUCAACCUAGGAGAUAAUUCCCUGUAACUAUGACCGAGGGAUGCCAAUUUCUCUCACGAUCUGAGAUAGCUUUAUAUAAUUUGAGUUAUUUACGACAAGAGAAUUUAUCAAGUAUGGUUGAACUUUUGAUCAGCUCAACGAGAUUAAGCAUUUCAUUUUCAGUUAUUCUUUGCGUCGGUGGUAGUGCAUACAAUAAAUUUUGCGCAAACACUA